AUGAUGACAAUGAAAAAAAAAUACUCGAAAAAGAAAAUGAGGAUUUCAGAGAAGAGGUUUCUAGACUACUUGAUAGGAUUUCACAUCUUGAAGAGUCUCUGAAACGCAGUGAAAAAGAAAAUAAUAAAUUAGUUUUGUUUGAGCAAUAAAGAACCACCUGCUAAAGCACUUUGUAUUGGCUGUGACUAACAGCAAGGAUGUCCAGAACUAGUAUUAAUGAAAAGCUGUGGGCACUCAGCCACACUUGGCUCUUGAACUUACUUCUUAAUCUCUAUCUGACCAGCCGGCUGAACAGCAGGAAGAAGACUAUGAAUGUCAAGGGCAGUUGUGAAGAUAAGGAGGUUCGAGGUAUGCAAUUAAAAAUGGAAAAAGAUGAGAAGACUUUUCAUAAGUUAAUCGAAGCUCAAGAAAAAAUAAAGAUGGAACUUGAAAAGGAGAGGUCAUUAAAUCAAAGUAUGCUCAAAGAACAAAAAGACAUUGAAACAAAAGUGGAAAAGAAGUUAUCUGAACCACAGAAAAAGAUUCCAUCAUUGCAAGAAAAAGAUACAAAAAAAAUGAAGGAGACAGUGAAAAGUGGAAGUGAAAUUACAGCACCUCAUGAGAGCAGAGAAUCACAAAAGGGAUAUCACAAGCAGCAACAGAAGAAGAGUCCUAGUUAUAAGGAAGCAGAAAAAAGAGCAUUACUUGCUGAAAUUGAGAAGCUGAAGAUAUCUGAAGGUCAAGAGAAGCAACACAUACAAAGGUAUUGGCCAGAAUUUUUAAGACAUUCAUUUAACUUUAUAAAUAUUUUAACAUUUUGUGGGUUUUUUUAUUUCAGUCUUAAAAAUGAAGUUGAACAAAUUAACCGAAGCUGGGCAAAGAAAUUCCAAAUUCUAAAGAAAAGCCUGCAUGCCGUUAAGGAUGAGAUGUUUCUUAGACAUGCUUUGUACCGUCAGGCAGCAUCAUUUAACCAUGCAUCCCGCAAUCAAACACUUCCUGUUCCUCUCUAUAUUGAAACUGGUACAAGCCAAAUAAAUGAACGAAGGGGUGCUUUUUAUUUACCUUUUUCACCAUUGCCCCAGAUACAUUCCCAGUCUACUGCAGAGAUGGAAGAAACAGAUCUUAAUAUUGUAAAAAUUCCAACCGGAACAGAAACGUGCUCUUUGUAUGAAGAUGUUUCUGGGGAUGAAGAAUUUGUUGGGGGUCCUCCUUUUCCUUCACCUCCGUCCACGUUAACUUGACAGUAGGAGCAGUGCCUUCCAUGGUAGAGAAAGAGAGCGAGAGAGCAGGAUCGCGAGGAAAUAAAUGCCCAGAAAUUUUCCUAUGGUCCCGGAAAUGUUUCUAUGUGUUGCCUCGUUAGAAAGUUGUGAAUACUUUGAUUCUCUAAAGAAACGUAGUGUAUAUUUGAAGUUAAUGACAGGAAUUUAAAGACGCAACUCUCCCACCUGCACGCUUUCCUUUCUUGAAGUUCUAGGUGGUUCUCAGAAUGGGGAUAUGAACGUGUAUCCGAUGAAAUUUCCAUCUUGGUUCCAUAUUAGUUCCAUGCAUGGCCUGAUUCGUAGUUCGUCGUUUUUGUUUGUUGUGGUUUUUUUAAGAGCGAAGUUUUUGAGUAAAGAGUGAACUUCAAUCAAAUAUACCACCAGCCUUGUCUAGAAACCCUUAAAUUACACCACGUGAAUGUUAAGUACCUUGCUUUAAGUGAUUAGUUUUGAUUUUAGAGCUAGUCCUUAAGCUGAGCAAGCAUGAAGGGCUGGAAGUACAAGGCUUGGAUUGCAAGCUUUUGAACCAUAAACGGAGCCCGAUCUUGAAGCCUGUAAUUAUGUCAGUAGCUCCACUGACGUUAAUAAAACUUACAGAGAGAAGAAAGACGACAUGAUUUGGCCCUUCGAUUCUGCCUAGACCAGCAGCAGGAGUGAGUUUAGUGGCAUUGAUGUUUUAUGGGCUAUUGAUUCAUAUAUUUUUUUUUUCUUAUUCAUUGACAUCUCUAUUUUCAACGCUAUCCAAAAGGGACUUAAAUUAUACAAAUUUAAACAUUUCCAUAGUUACCAUGAACUGGUAACUUGUAAUUUCCCAAACUAUCAGCCAAUAGGCUAAGCAUAUUUGUGUGUGUAUCAUAGAUGUGUGUUUAAGGUGUUUGUAUAAAUAUAUAAUAUUGGGUUGUAAAAUACUGGCCAAUAAAUGUAAAAGCGCUAAUUUU